CCUGUGUCCUAAAAACACAAGUUAAAUAUCCCCUCUACCGUUCAUAAUAAAAAAAUUCCCACUAACAAAUACUAUAUACAUAUACAUAUAUAUAUAUUAUUCUCAUUAAUAUAUUGAUGAGACAAUUCUACUUCAUACAAUAAACUUCUUAAAUUACUCUGUCAAGUGUCAAUAAUACCAUUCUCCGAUCACCACUUCCCGGCGACUGUCCUUUUCAGAGACUCAGUUAUGCAAGGAGAUGGGUACAACAAGCUUAUGGUGGCGCACAUCGUUGCCGCAACAACGGCGGGGGUCGUCUGGGCCGCAGCUACACACCGGCGCCGGAAAAACUCAUCAAAAACAACAAAGGAUGAUGACAUCCUUGUUCCACGGUUUGAUUUCACCGGAUCCGGUCAUGCUGGAAAACUUGAAAGGUUUUCUCAUUAUGUUGCUAGGCAACUUGGAUUUAAAGAUGGAAAUGAAUGUCCAGAAUUAAGCAAACUUGCAUCCGAUUAUGUAAGAAAUUCAAAAGGGUUCGAAGAUGCCAUGUAUGUGUAUUUUUCAAACGAAGAAGAAGUUGAUCAAUCACUUUGCGCCAAGCUCGUCGACGAGCUCGAAAGCUGCAUUCUUGGUUACUUGGCAUUUCAUUGGAGCCAAGCUUCUCUUAUGAUCAACCAGGUGCUUAGCGUUGGAUCUGAUGAGAGAAGGCUUAAAAACAUGGUCUUGACAGCUACAAGAAAGCAAAGAUUUGAUAGAGUGACAAAGGACUUAAAGGUGACAAGGGCAUUCUCAACAAUGGUGGAGGAAAUGAAAGUGAUCGGGACCCCAAAAAGAAGCGAUGGCAACGGCAGUGAUGCUUUCACUGAGGUUAUGGGGGCGGUGGCUCAUUCCGAUAGAAGCCCGGUGCUCCUUUUCAUGGGUGGCGGUAUGGGUGCUGGCAAGAGCACUGUUCUUAAAGAAAUCCUUAAAGAAGCAUUUUGGUCGGACGCAGCAGCAGACGCAGUGGUAGUGGAGGCGGACGCUUUCAAGGAGACAGAUGUGAUAUAUCAAGCCCUUAGCUCAAAAGGUCAUCACAAUGACAUGCUUCAAACUGCUGAACUGGUGCAUCAAACAUCCACGGAUGCUGCUUCGUCUCUAUUAGUAACAGCUUUGAACGAUGGAAGAGAUGUGAUCAUGGAUGGAACACUGUCAUGGGAACCAUUUGUAAGACAAACAAUCACCAUGGCAAGAAACAUCCAUAAACAUCGUUAUCGCAUGGGUGUUGGCUAUAAGGUCUCCGAAGAUGGAACAAUCAUUGAAAAUUAUUGGGAAAAAGUUGAAGACGAAGGAGAAGAAUUUAAAGUGAAGAAACCUUACAAAAUUGAGCUGGUUGGUGUUGUUUGUGAUCCUUUUCUUGCUGUUACAAGAGGAAUUAGGAGGGCAAUAGCAGUAAAAAGGGCAGUGAGGGUAAAUUCACAGUUGAAAUCACACAAGAGAUUUGCAAUUGCAUUUCCAAAGUAUUGCCACCUUGUGGACAAGGCAAAGCUCUAUUGUACCAAUGGCAUUGGAGUCCCUCCCACUUUGAUCGGUUGGAAAGAUGGCAGUAGUAAUCUAUUGGUCGAUCGAGAUCAGAUUAAAUGUUUGGAAGCGUUAAGUGAAAUCAAUGAUGAAGCGGAUUCCAUUUAUGAGCUUUAUGCAGACACCAAAAUGUUAACAGAUUCUGACUCGGUAUGGAAACAACUUGUCUUGAAGCCGGAACGAAUUGACCGUCAACGUGAGUUAAAACUUGCGAUUGAGAGAAUCGAAAACUCAAAGUCAUAACACAUUCUCGUAACGUCAAGGACUAAAUUCACCUGUAAUUUUUCGAGGAGGAUUUGUGUAUGUCUUGAAUAUUGAAAUUGUGUAAUUGAGUAUUGAGUGCUAAUCGUGAAAUUGUAUACCCACGAGACGAGAACCCAACUCAUUUCUUGUACUUAUCGCGAAGUCAUUAAGAACAUCUCUCAUUUUAAAA